AUGGAAAAACAACGAAUCUUGUGGAUGAAUUCCUAUCUCGGAUUUAAUAGAGAAGAGCAAGAAAUGUUGAACAAGAUGGAUUUUAGAGCCUUUGAUACACGAAGGCUUGAUCGGGAAAUUUUGGAACAAGUAUCUCGUGAUGUCAGGGAAAGAUUUCAACAACAGGAGGGGCAAGUGCAUGUAGGACAUAGUGCUCCUAGAAGUUUGAUGCUUGCAAUGGGAACGUUGGCAUUUCCUCUUGUCGUGUGUUUAACCCCGUUUCAUACUCUGACCUAUCCUGUGAGUGCAUUGUUUGAUCAUUUAAUGAGUAAAACAAGGACUGAAGCAAACGAUGACAUGAUGACUACGGAGAGUAUUAAGAGUGAUUUUAAUAACCACCGCAAGCAUGAUUUAAAUGAUGAUACACACGAUGAAAUUGUCCAUCACUCAGACAUGACCUUUGGAGAGCAUGUUAUGAAUUAUCUAUCAUUUAUGGGACAAUUGUAUAAGGAAAUUUCUCGAGUUCCUCAAUCUUUUUGUGAAAGAGUUGUCGAAAAUUGGAAAAUUUCUUCCAAAGAAUGGAAAGAGCGAGAAAAUUACUCGUUUUUGAGACUGGCCGUUACUAAUGGCAUGGAUAUUUUCACACAGGAAGAAUUGAAUUCUAUUAACACACUAAUCGGGGAUGCUGAAUUUUAUGACAACCUUCAAAAAUAUUGCACUCGUUACGAAUCAUCAUCUGCUUCAAUCUUUCAUGCAAGAAGAAGUACAACCUUUGGACACGAGUACAAAUGGUGGGCAAGUCUCGCGUUGGCUAAGAGCGCACUAGUUUGGUAUUGCAACAAUGACCAUGAGCAAAUUAAAAAUUACAGUGACGAUGAACGCCAACGAGAACAGAAGAGAAGAGCUCAAUUCGCACUCGAAAACUUGCAAAAAGCUCAAUUAUUAAUUAAGGAUUUAAUUGAAAGUUCACAGACACACAAUGAAAAUAUAACAGAGCUCGAACGAAUGGAUACUCUGCUGGAGCAAAAUAUUGAAAUUGUAAAAAAUCAUUUGGAAAGAGCACAUCAUCAUCAGCAACAACAGGCAUCUUCAUAG